AUGCCUUCCCUGCCCGGUUUCUCAGACAACCCCUUUCGCACCCGCGCCGACCUCGUGCGCGCAGCGACAGCUUUGAUACGACCGUUGAAGCAGCACAGGUCUCCCCAGGAGGCGCGUAUCAAGCUUGCGACCAACACAGCCGCGGGGUUCGAUGAGGUCGCGGCACAGUUGGAAGGGUUCGCGAGACCGUUAUGGGUUAUCGCGGAUCUCUUGAAUGACGUCGAAAACGGCGGCGAGGGCGAAGAACUCGCGGGCUUGGAUCUGGGGUCUUGGGCUCGGGGGAUCGUGGCGGGGACGGAUCCGAAUUCAGAGGAGUAUUGGGGGGAUGUGAGUGACAUCGAUCAGCGGAUGGUAGAGAUGGAGUCCAUCGCCUUUGCGAUGCUUAUUGCGCCUGGGCCGUUUCUUUCGGCAUGUGACGAUGAGGCGAAGGAGAGACUCAGGGUUUGGCUGAGGCAGAUUAAUGGGAAGAGGAUGCCUAAGAAUAAUUGGCUUUGGUUCAGAGUGUUUGUUAAUCUGGCGUUGGUGAGGGCACUUGGGGUGCCUGUUGAGCAGGCUAGAUCAAUCAUGGUCGGGGAUCUGAAGGUUCUGGAUACGUUUUAUAUGGGAGAGGGGUGGUCUAGUGAUGGAGCCUGGGGUAAGGACAGGAAACAGGCGGAUUAUUACUCGGGCAGCUUUGCGAUUCAGUUUGCGCAGUUGUUGUAUGUGCGGUUCGCUGUUGGGGAUGAGGAGAGGGUUGAGAAGUAUAAGGUGCAUGCCAAGGAGUUUGCGUCGAGCUUCUGGAGGUAUUUUGACACGAAUGGGGCCGCGAUACCAUUUGGUCGAAGUCUAACAUACCGCUUUGCUUUUGCUGCAUUCUGGUCCGCCGCAGCAACCGCUGGCGUGGGUCUCGCACCUCCUCUCGACGAUCCUGGAGUAGUCAAGGGACUGUUAUUACGACAUCUCCGAUGGUGGGCAAAAACACCGGACAUGUUUAACACGGACGGGACGUUGAGCAUCGGGUUCACGUAUCCCAACAUGUAUCUCAGCGAGGAUUAUAACUCGCCGCAGUCGGUGUACUGGUGCCUCAAGAGCUUCGUCAUCUUAGGUCUGUCUAAUGAUCACGCCUUUUGGAGGUGCGAGGAGAAGCCACACCCUCUCCAAGACGUCAAGCCCCUGGGUACUGCAAUGGAGAGGAGGCAGUUGGAUCCGGGACGGGUGAGAGCCAUCUGGCCGCCGCGGCAUAUACUCUGCAACGGGACAGAACACCAUUUCUUACUUUCCUCGGGCCAGAUGACGAAGAAGAGCUUCAAAGGACGUGAGGCAAAGUAUGGCAAGUUUGCGUACUCGUCGACUUUCGGGUUUAGUGUCCCCACGGGAUCACUGCUUUCGCAGAUGGCGCCAGAUAGUACACUGGCUGCUAGUAUCGAUGAUGGCGAGACUUGGUGCGUAAGAUGGGAACCAACUGAGGUCAGGAUCGAGCUUGUGUCGGUGUCGCUUUCUGGCGUGUACAACGAGGUGCCAUCCUUAGUUAGUGUCUGGAAACCAUGGAAGUGGCUUGAUUUGGAGGUUGAGACGGCACUAGUGCCCGUCGUGGAGAGCUUUCCCGGGUGGCACGUACGGGUUCAUAAGGUCCGUUGGAAUCCCAAGGGGGAAAUCCCGUCAUGGGUUGGGAGUGUGCAGCUCGUUGAUGGAGGGUUCGCCAUCGAUUCACAUACAGCAAUGGGGAAGUUUCUUCCGAAGAAGUCUGCUCACGAAGCGGAUAAGCAGUGUUACACUGAGGACAUUGACAGGUGUCUUGUCUACUCCUCAGCCGGGGCGAGCGGCAUCUCUGAUAUCAUCGUCGAAGGGAAAGGGCUGCGGCGAGACGUCGAUCGAGGCGCGUGGGUGUUGAGACCGGAUCCCAAUACCAACCUGAUCGUGCAGAGGUCGUUCAUUCCUGUUGUCAAUCAUCAAUUUAGCCUUCGACAGAGUAAUGAGGAAGGAAACGGGGCAGCAGUAGACUCGCUCUGGAUGGCUUCUGGUGUGUUUGCUGUCAGUGCUACAGCUGGACUCGAGGCGGAGAAGAUAAGAGCGAUGUGGGAAAGGAGACUCCGGGUGUCUUUCAACCAGGAAGAAGGCGCUAGAUGGAUGAUCCGAGCUCUUGAACAUUGA